CAGGAUACCAGAGAACGGCGGGCACGAAAUAAUGAUCACAAUAAUGUCACAAGCUCAUGCGGUUCGCUUUUUAGUCACUAUGCAGGGUCUGGUAGUCGGCGGCGCAUGAGGCAUGAGACGGUUAUCAUCCUCCAGCGGCCGGGCGGAAGGGUGGUUGAUGUGGAAGCCAAAUCACUUGAUCCAAAUUUCCCCACGCCCACUCCGACACCAAGACUCACGGCGCCUGGUUUUGGGCCAUGCUUGCCUUGUAACAGAGCAAAGCAACGGGAAGCAAGUGGCACAACAGUGGGUGCCAAUUGUCCUUUGCAGUGGGUGGAAAGGGCUCUGGGUCUCGAGUAUGCAGUCUGACUAUUUGUCGACUAGAGGUGAAAGCACAUGCACAGAAAUGUUUGCACUGUGCACCUCCGUACACCAUUUCGAAAGGGUUAGUUGGGAUUUCAAGGCACGAUGGGGCUUGCAGAUGCAAUGCAGUGUCUUUUGGCCGUUGAGCCGCCACUCACAGCGGCCAGCGCGCAAGCCAGGUUGCAGUUGUCGCGGGCCGGUUUCUUGUGACGGUGGAUUCGCGCUUACGAGCACAACGGCGAACAACAAGUCACCCACAAAAGAGCCUGCCUUGGACGCAACGAACUUGAAGGAGCUCGGAACCGGAGUAUCUGCUUCUUGUUCCCUUCCUCACAGUCAGUGCCUCCGGCGAUAAAACCCACGAUGAAGCGCUUCUUCUUUGGGGUGGAGUUGGAGAAAUACUGUGAAGUGUAAAGACGCUCGGUCCAUGUGCUAAAGCGUCAUCAUGCAUGGCUUCGUAUCCAAUGGCACGGAUCGAUGUCGUCAACUUUGCGCUCGCAGCCCUCACAACGCUGACAACAGCCCACCCUUUCGCGCCUUUGUGAGACCGACUUCGCUCCCCAACACCAUCGGCAGCGGCUUGGCUCUCAUCAUCGUGUAUUCCACAGUAUUGCUGGCCCGGCUUCGUUGUCCUCCAUCGCUGCAAGGCUGCGGGCCCUGCAUCAGCCAAGAGGCGGCAAUUCCUGAACCCC